GGGGGUCAGUGUAUAGGUGUGUCAGCGAGAGAGAGCGGAAUCAGCGCGAGGACAGGGAGUUUAUCAACAACAGGCCGCGCGCUAUAGAGCAGCGUUCAGUAACAGAGAGUUUAUAUACGGGCUCCUGCUCUCACCCCUGCGACAUAAACAACACUUCAGAGUUAUUUUAAAGUGUGUGUGUGUGUUUGUGAAGAUGGCUGUGUUGGGCGGCGGUGCACGGCUGCUGCUGUUGGUGGUGUUGUUGGUGAGAGUGGGGGUCUCGCGGCAGGACAGUUGUACAGAGCUCUUCACUGAGGGGCGCGCGGACUUCGCGGUGAACGCGGAAGACUCGGUGCAGGACGGAGCCACUUAUCUCUCCAACCCCGCCGCGCUCACCGUCGAGGACUGUGUGAGCGCGUGCUGCAGAAACGCCCGCUGUAACCUGGCCCUGGUGGAGCGCGCGGAGGAGCAGGACUCGAUCACCAACUGCUUUCUGUUCGACUGUGUUUACCGGAACAAGUACGUGUGUAGAUUCGUCAAAACAACCGGCUUCAGCAACUACAUCCGGACAACCGUGUACGACCACCACCUGGGCGGACCCCCCGGAGCCGGUGAGGAGGACAGGCAACCUAUUGCAAACGCAGGGCCAGACGAGGUGGUCAGGCCUGGUCAGAAAGUGACCCUGAAUGGCAUAGAGAGUUGGGAUGACAAGAAGAUUGUUAGCUAUGAGUGGAAACAGACGAAGGGUAAUCACUCAGUAUUGAUUGAGAAAGCGACGUACUCUGAUCAGCGGGUGUUGUCCAACCUGUAUCCUGGAUUUUACGAGUUUCAGCUCAAAGUCACUGAUUCAGCCGGUCAGUCAGACUCCACAUCGGUCACUGUUCUGGUGCUGACUGCAGAGCAGGCUGAGCAACACUGUUUAACCCCGAAGAAGGUGGGUCCCUGCCGGGGGGCAUUUCCUCGCUGGCACUACAACGCUGCAUCCAACAAAUGUGAAGAAUUCACUUUUGGAGGAUGUUUAGAAAACGGCAACAACUACCUUUCUUCAGACGACUGCGUUGACGCCUGCAAUGGCACCAUAGUUAUGCCGGGAGCGAGGAAAGUUAUGCCCAUCACUGAAGAUUGUGACGGCUCAGAUGAGGAAAACUGCCAGCGCUUGAACAGAACUCUCUCCAGACUCCUGCAGAUCCCUGUGAAUGAAGGAAAAGCCCGCUGUGUUGACCCGCCAGUCACAGGACCCUGCAGGGCGAGCUUUACCCGCUGGUACUACGAUCCUCUGCAGCAAGAUUGCCACCGGUUCACAUAUGGCGGCUGCACCGGAAACAAAAACAACUUUGAGGGACAGGACAAGUGCAUGGACGCCUGCAGAGAUGUUACAGAGAAAGACGUCUUUGCCCGGGGGCAGUUUGAACGCUCAGAACAGGAGGACCAUCAUUCAGGCUCUGUGGGGACGGCAGUGGUCUUGGUGGUGGUGAUUUUAGCUCUGCUAGCUCUGCUGGGGUUCUUUUUGCUAAAGAAGAGGAAGAGCAGAGCUCAGCAUCAGCCUGUCCCCACUGCAAACCCAGCGAUUAAUCUGGCUGAUGACACAGAGAACCUUGUCUACAAACCCACCACCACCAGCUCCUAACACACAGUGGAUAUUUUUAGUGCAGGAGUGAGGUUUACUUCCUGUGGUAGACAUUAAAGAGUGAUAUAAAUAUUUUAUAUAUUUAUGAUGUUUUCCAUUUUAGUUUAAACUUUGCUUUUCAGAGCCUUUUAUUUCUCCUUUUUCUUAUUCCUCAGGGGUCUGCAUUUAGAACAGUAUAUUAAUUUACUUAUUUCAUGUUUUCUCUGUUUUUCUUGUUCUGUGUUGUGGAUGAUGGGGAUAUGUGUAAAGAUCAUGUUCCGUUAAAAGAUGUGUGAUAAAUUUACUUUAAAUAUUACAGCUGUUGUCUUAAGGUUUAAAGAGCAGAUUAACCCCCAGAGGGUGAUUAAGCUGAGCUUGAGAGUUUUGUGCUAAGAGUUUUAUGAUUUUUGUUCUGGUUGGAGUGGUAACUCUUAACAGAUGUAUAUUUUGAUUAUUCGUAGUUAAACUCAAGUCUGAGUAUUCAUAAGUUAAAAUGCACUCCAUAAAUAAAGAACACAACAGUUUACUGGGUUCAGAUUUUGUUGCUAUAAUUUUAAGAUGUCAUCGUGGUUUAUGAUUGUGGCUUCCUAUUAUUUGUUUUCAUUUUAAUUUGUGAUGUUGAAAUUAUUAUUAUUAGUCUGUUUAAAAAAAUAAUAAAUGUCAUGAUAUUGA